AUGACUCAAUUACUGAAGAAAGACGUUUCUCCCAAACAUGCCGCACCUAACCCGGCAGAUUCCCAUCGUCCAGACAGCGUCUACCGCCCAAACCCAUUCCCGAUUGACCCAAUUAUGGGUUACCCGUCGGCACCCGUUGCUACAUAUCAUUACCCUCCACCGCACGCUGAUAGUAAUUACGACGACAAUGUGCCUCCACCGCAAUAUUCCUCCUAUGAUGUUAACACAUCUUCAUAUUCGCACCCGUACACGUAUAGUCAACCAUCGGAUGGAUACGACACUUCUACUCUUUUGGCUAGUAUUGGUGCAUUGGCCUUUAUUGCUGCAGCUUCGAGUGCGUCUCACGUAUCAACACCACCUGAUCUCCGACCUGGAGUAGUCGGUUUGUACAUCGUAUCAGUAAUCUCUUGUUUGGUCGGUCUAUUCUACGUAUGCAAAUACUUCUCGCGUCGAUUUGGCCGUAAUCGAAAACUGCGGAGAUGGAUAAUGCUGUUGAUUGAUUUUGUGCUUGCUUUUGCAUGGGGAAUCCUUGGCUACUUUUUAAUCGUGAAAUUCAAGUGUCCGCCUGGUGGCCACAAUGGAUGGUAA